AUGGGUCUCCCCUCCCAACUGAUUCCAGCUCUGGUCUGCUUACUAGCAUGUAGCAGCGACUUCAUCCUUGGACGCAAGUACAACAUCCCCUUAGAAGAGACCAUCAAAACACUGAACAUCCUCACAGAGAGAAAGGACCCACAGUGCAUGGAGCUGACGGUGGCAGACGUCUUGGCCGCUCCACAGAACACAACUGAGAAGGAGAUCUUGUGCCGGGUGGCGACGGAGCUGCGGAACGUGUAUAGGCACCACCACGAGUGCGCGGCCGGGAGGCUCCUGAGCAAACUCGACAGGAACCUCUGCGCCAUGGCCGGCAAGACCACGUGUCCCGUGAGCGACGUCGGGAAGAGCACACUGAAAGACUUCUUGGAAAGAUUAAAGAGGGUCAUGAAAGAGAAGUACGCAAGGGGUUGA